UUCUUUUAGCUCUACUCGUUGUCCACGCGUGUGUGUGGAGUCACUUUGGGUGAAGUGUGCUUUAAAAACAUAAAUUGUGGAUAUAAGACGUAUUUUUUGGCACCAUGGGGGGACAGGCAAAGGGCAAAAAGAAAAACAAGGCGAAGAAGAAAGAUAACCGCCCAAACAGGGAAGAUGCAGGAUUUGUUGGAUUGUCACCUCAGGAAAGGAUGAAAGUAAGAAUGCAUGAAAAAGCCAAGAAGAAGACAGCUGAGAAGUACUCCGUGCAACAGCUACUAGAAAAGACAGAGGAGUGCCUGGAUAGUUUUGACUUUGAGAUGGCUGCCCUUUUCUGUCAACGAGCCCUGGAUGUGGACUCCAACAACCUGCAAGCUCUAGACAUGCUUGGACACAUCUGCACUGAACUAGGAGACACACAGAAAGCUAAGGGAGUUUUCCUUCGUGCAGUGGAGCUGAGCCCAGAUGAAGGCCACAGUAAGUACAUGUACCUGGGACAAAUCCACUCAGGCCAGGAGGCUGUGGAUUACUACACUAAAGGAAUACAAGUCCUGCUGUCUGCAUUGGACAAACAAGCACAGACCAAACAGGCUCAGGCUGGAGCUGCUGCCGCAAGAGACGAGGACUCGGAGCUCCUCACAGCGAAGGAUGUUUGUGUAGCCUAUUGCUCCAUUGCUGAGAUUUACCUAGCAGACCUCUGCAUGACAGAGGGAGCUGCAGACAAGUGCAAAGAGUUCAUUGAGAGAGCAUUACAGUAUCACCAUGACAACCCUGAGGCUCUACAGCUCAUGGCCAGUUACCUGUUCAGUACAGAGAGAAACCAGGAAGGCAGAGAAUACCUGUUGAAGAGUGUCGGAUUGUGGCUACCUACCCAGAAACAGAGUGCUGCUUCUUUCAGCACAGAGGAAGACAUGCAGAAUGAGAUUCCUCCGUACGAGUCUCGCAUUACCACAGCCAAACUGCUCGUCGAGUCCGAGGAAUACGAGAUGGCGGUAGAUGUGUUGGAGGGGCUUCUGGAGGAGGAUGAUGAAGUUGUCCAGGUGUGGUAUCUCUCCGGCUGGGUGUGCUACCUCCAGUUGGAAAAAGCUAAGGAGCAGCAAGAAAGAGGGGGAAGAGAAGUAACUGAGGAGGAGAUGGAAGAAUGGAAGGCAUUGAAGGAAGCGGCCAGAUCGUACCUGACCAAUGCUAAAAAGCUGUACAGUAAGCUGCGAUGUGAUGACCACCCGAUGUUGGAGCACGUGGAGCAGCUGUUAGGCGAGCUGGGAGGAGAGAUGGAGGGAGAAGAGGUAGACCCAGUCUUGGAUGAAGACUAUGAACCCUGUAGUGAUGAUGAGGAGGAGGAGGAAGAGGAGAACAAUGCAGAGGCACCCAUGGAACACUGACCCGCAGUCCCUUGCUUGUACUCUGUGAUUUCACGUUUGCCCAUCAUGCUUCCCUCUAGUUUAAAUGUUCUGGUGCACUCUCUAAAGUGCCUUUUUUUAUUGAUUACCCUUUCACACCCAAAGAUGAAAUUUGAAUACAAGUGAGAUGCACAAAAAGAGUGGCAUUAAAAGCUGCAGUCUGCUCAAUCUCUUUUAGUCAGUUGAGUAAUGCUUCCCUUAAUCUCCUUGACAGAUGUUGAUGAAAGAAAUUAGUUUUAGAGCUUUACUUCUAACCGGCAGCCAAAACAAAACACCUUUGAAUGCUUUUACCUCUUAUACACACCCACGCAUUGGUUUCUCAAAUGUAACAAAACACACAAAGGCUGCACAUUAAUUACUUCAGCUCUUCCUCAAUACAACAGCAGCAAUAGCAGCAGUUUCCUUCUCUGACUGCUGUAAAGUGAAAUAUCUCAUCAGGGUGUAAGCAUUAUUAGGAAACUGUGUCUGCCAGCAAACAGUUAAUCCUAUCUUUACAUGUAACGGUUCUAAUAUUCCAAGUUUAUGUGCAAUUCUUGAAUCUUUAUGCCAUUCAGUUUACUCGCCUGCUUUGGAUUUUCCUCCUUUUUUUGUUAACUUAUUGGAUUCAACAAGACAAGUCACAAUAGAGAGAAUUUGACAUGAAGUAAUGCAGCAUGUGUUUCUCUCUCUCUCUCUGCUAGAAAGUUCAAAGUGGCUGGCACAAAGCCUUUCAGAAAGGAGAAACGGGCAACUCUGACUUCUUUUUUUGUACUAGUUUUCACAUUGCAGCCUUUUAAAAUUCUCAGACAGGGUUAUGUAGUGUAAUGGCAUGGCUUAGUCGAAUGGCAUACAAUAAUGGGCCGAUGCUUUUCAUUUUCCUUUAUAUGUUGUAUGCAAUCGAGUGGUGAAGGUGAAAAGGCAGUCUUUGUAUAUCUGAGUGGUAGACGGCUACACAUGCAGCUACUUACUGUUGAGAAAAACAGUAUAAGAUUUGAAUUUUUUUGUGAACCAACAGCAAAACACUUGUAAGACGAAAUGUAAGACGCUCAUGACACAGAUGUCAGAAUGAACAUUUUAAAAACCUCUAUUGUGACAAUAUUGGAUUGAUUUUUUCCACAUUUGUGUUUCUUUAAUGUCUGGAAAUCUGCACAUAUAGUCCAUCCAUAUGUAUCUUGCUUUUGGUUCCUGCUUUUUGUCUCAUACAUAAUAUCAUUUUAAAAUGCCAUUCGCACAUUAGAUUUAAUGCGCCUGCAAAAUAUAUUGGACAGUUGUGACUUUUCUCAAGCCUUGAUAUAUUUUUGGUGCAUAUCAGUGCAUAUCUGGGGAGUUUUUGUCAUAAACUCCCCAGAUACCUUGUAGUAAAGGGACUAUUGCAUGUGAUGUGCAUGCUGUAAGACACAUCCACAGUGUAUUUGUCCAUGCCUGUUACCAAACACAACACACCACAGGCAUUCACUGCUGCGCAGCCCCUUUGAAGAAUUUCAUAACCGGUAAAUAGGAACUUUAUCUGAGAUCCUGCUCUUGAUAGUGACCCAGCUGCAAGCUGAGAGGCCUGUUUGGGAAUAAAGGAGUUCAGAUACCAUGAUCUGAUGUGUGUUUGUGUUUAAGGAGCGUAAAAUAAAGCCCAGGAGAAAAGUUUCCUAUGUGAUUGUUUGUAUGUGCGCGCGCGUAUAUGCUGCAGAUAUCGAUAGCUUAAUGUGAUAUGAUGCGUUGUUAUUUGUGGACUGGACCUUUGCUGUGCAAUGUUCAGUUUAUGAUAAUGCACCAGGAGUACAGGCCUCCAGGACUGACUACCUGAAGUGAUCCUGUCAUCUAGCAUUUGGCUUUAUAAUUAAAAUGGUCUCUUGUAUGUA